AUGGCUCAAGACUCUGUUGUUACGGAAAUUAACAAGAUAGCUGAGUCCGCUGCUCCUGGAACACUGGACAACUCAGACUCCACCGACAGCUCUCUCAGAUACGCUGCCUACGCCAACAGAUUCCGCACGAUCUUGCUGGCUUCCCACAGAUAUGUGGCAUACACUUCGGAUAUAGGUGAAUCGUUCAGACCGAUUGCACACCCUAACUGGGUCAAGGCGUGUUACGGAAUUAGUUGGUCCUAUGUUCUUGGGGAUGUUGGAUUCGAAACCUGGAAAGCCAAGAUGAGACAGGAGGGACGUUAUACUCCCGGGCUAAAGCCUUGGGAUACCAUUCCAGAACCAAAUGCGGUUGCAGCUGGAUUGAACACCGAGAUAGACUACAGGCUGGUGGGUAUCAAGAGGGCUCUUUUUCAGAGCAUCGCAUCCAUGGGAUUGCCUGCUUUCACCAUCCACAGUACGGUGAGAUACUCGAGUGUCCUCUUCAAGAAUUCUAGCAUCAAACCUCUCAAGACCUACGGGCCUGUUGGUUUGGGUUUGGCCGUGGUUCCAUUGCUGCCAUAUCUGUUUGACGAGCCUGUGGAGCACGUCAUGGACUAUGUGUUUGAUCAGGGUGUUGAGUUCUACAGGAAGCAGAAAAAGGAGUAA